AUGAGGCGACUCCUCUCGACGAUAUGCCUUGCCUUGACAGCGGCGAGGCAGUCUUGGGCUGUUGACUUUGCCGUCAACAGCCAGCCACUCGCACCGUCCACCCCGAACAAGAUCAUACCCGUGCUCGUCGGCGGGACGGCCCUGACCUUCACCCCGAACAGCAUCACCGCCAACCCGGGCGACGUGCUCCAGUUCCAGUUCGCAGCGCGGAACCACACCGUCACGCAGUCGCUGCCCUCGUCUCCAUGUCAGCCCGUGGAAGGACCCGGUGGUGCCGCCGGGGUGAACAGUGGCUUCAUCCCGUUUGACGGCGGCGCGAGCGGCAUGGUCGGCACUUUUAAUGUUCCCGUCAUGAAUACGCAGCCCAUGUUCUUGUACUGCGCGCAGGCGAUGCACUGCCAACAGGGCAUGGUCAUGACCGUAAAUGCCCAACCAGCAGACCUAAUCAACUACUUCAACGCCGCCGCAAGGGCACCAGCCAACAUCCCCGGGCGGACUAUCGCGGGCGGCAUCGCGGCCAACAUCCCGCUCGCGAACGCGGUCCUCCCCAAGGCGCCGACCGGGUCCAACACUACGGCGACCGCGACGGUAUUCACGACCGUCAUCGUGCCCCCGUCGGCUGCGCCGCCUGCCCUUGCUCCUCCUCCGCCGCCGCCGCCGCCGCCACCCGUGCCGCCACCACCUGCAGCUCCUCCUGCUCCCUCGCCCCCGCCGCCGGCGCAGCCGGCUCGUGGUGGUGACGGUGCUGACCCGGCGGCGACGACCAUGUUCGUCCUGCCGGCUUGA